CCGGGGCCCGGCCUGGGCGGGGGCGGGGGUCCCCUCGCGCCCCUCACGGUGCUCCUGUGCCGGGUGUGCCUGGAAGACAAGCCCAUCGAGCCCUUGCCCUGCUGCAAGAAGGCGGUGUGCGCCGAGUGCCUCCGAAUCUACCUGAGCGCGCAGGUACAGCUUGGCCAAGUAGAAAUCAAAUGCCCUAUCACCGAGUGCUUCGAAUUUCUGGAAGAAAGAACUGUUGUCUACAACCUCACACAUGAAGACUCCAUCAAGUAUAAGUACUUCGUGGAACUCGGCCGAAUUGAUUCCAGCACGAAGCCAUGUCCUCAGUGCACGCACUUUACAACCUUCAAGAGGAAAGGACACCUCCCUACCCCAUCCAGAUCAGAGAGCAAAUACAAAGUCCAGUGCCCCGCCUGCCAGUUCGUCUGGUGUUUUAAGUGCCACUCUCCUUGGCACGAAGGUGUCAACUGCAAAGAGUACAGAAAAGGGGACAAACUGCUGCGUCACUGGGCCAGCGAGAUCGAGCACGGGCAGCGCAACGCCCAGAAGUGUCCAAAGUGCAAGAUCCACAUCCAGAAAACGGAAGGGUGUGACCACAUGACCUGUUCACAGUGUAACACUAAUUUUUGCUAUCGGUGUGGGGAGAGAUACCGCCAGCUCCGGUUUUUUGGAGACCACACAUCAAACCUCAGCAUAUUUGGAUGCAAAUAUCGCUACCUCCCAGAGCGACCUCACUUACGGAGAUUAGUGCGAGGGUCAGUCUGUGCUGGAAAGUUAUUCAUCGCACCUCUAAUCCUGGUUUUGGGAUUAGCACUAGGGGCCAUAGCGGUUGUAAUCGGUUUAUUUGUAUUUCCCAUCUAUUGCCUUUGUAAAAAACAGAGAAAGCGGUCACGAACAGGCAUGGACUAGUGGAGCGCAGAUGACUCAGCGGAGUCGGCCGGCCUGCGGGAUGGCCCAGGUCUGUGACUCACCCCGGAGCCACCCUGGGAGGAGCCUGCUGCCAUCAUCUCCGUGGUCCUCUGCGACCCCAAUGCUCUAGCUACGGUGCACUCCCACCAUGGUAUCCCGCCCUUUCCCUAAACAAAUUGCUGCUUUUUAAAAACGGUCACUUUCAUAAACUCUAAGUACCUGUAUCAUAACUCUGAUCUUCGUGGUUGUUGGAAGAAAAUAUUUUAAUUAAGAACCAGUUCUCCUCAGAAUUGCUCUGAGGGUGGCGCGCCUCCUGAGCGCGGCUGGGACUGUCUUUGAACCCUGAACCCUCCCGCCUGUCUGUGAGACUUGAUGUGAAUAGUGACGACGUCCUGUCUGUCCCCCAGAAGUGAGGCUGCUUUUCAGAACACACAAGUUCACUGAAAGCGUCUGUUCCCAUUUGUGGCCCAAGCAGUAGAAUUCCUUCAUCCUUCAGAUACUGUCAUUGCUAGAAAUUUCCAUACCCAAAAGGGAACUAAUGAAACUAAAUUAAUGGGAAAAAUCACAAGUCACUGAAGUGUGUGUGUGUAGGGUUUUGGAUGUGUGUGUAUAUAAGUAUAUAUUAAAAGUGAGCUCAAUAACCUCGUGCUUAUCUAUGUCCAUACCUCUACACUGUUUUUACAUGCUUAGACCUGUUUAAAGAUGCUGGUCCUGUUGGGGGUGUAAUUUGGGAAAGGAGUGAAUUAAAGCCAGUGUAGACAACGGGCUGUUUCCAUGGUGACCCUCUCUAUUGUAAACUGAGAACACAGAGAGGAUGCUUUUAGGAAGUUCUCAAGGCCCAGAUAGUCUUUUCAGAUAUCUUAUAUUUUAGCAUAAAUGCUCUCCUCUAUGAAUAAAUACUUCACAUUAUUCAGAUUAUUUCAGAUUAUUUAAUUCAGAUUAUUUAGUCCAGAGAACAAGUUUGCUAUAGCUCUAUUCCACUGUUUUUUAAAUUACCAACUUGUAAUUACAGGGAACUUCGCUUUAGGUCAAGAUUUUAAAUUAUUUAAUACGCCCCCCUUUUCUCUUUCUGUUUUUUUUAUUUGUUCCCGAGUUUCAUGCAAACAAAUAUUAGUCUUCAAGGAUUUUCCCUAUGUUUACUGCUCAAGUGCGUAAUAACCUGGGGGAUCUUUUUUUGGUGGGUAAUUUAAAAACAAAUUUUUCUUUGUUCACAGAUUCACUUAAAAUAUAAACUAGUUUUAGAGAAGGAAACACACAAAAAAAUUAAAAAAUACUUUCAGGACAUUUUCUAAGGUAUGAAGUCUGAAAAUAAAAGGACAAUUAAUGAAACUUUUACAUGCUUUUGUUUUCAUCAGCAAACUCCGACAGCUUCUGCUGGGAGAAGACAACCCUAAGAACCCAAAAGUUCGCAGUUGUCUGUAGAAUCUCCAAAUUAACCGCUGCAUAGGAGUAUGGUUAAUGUGUCCGCAGCCUCAUCAGACUUGAGAUAGAUUCUGUGGUAACAUGUGCAUUAACACGAAUAGGUUCCUCUUCCUUGCGCUCCUGAGUGUUAAAAUGUUUUUUCAGUUUUCACUGCCCUUCCAGCCCCUGACAGUCAAGGUUACUCAUGGUUCACAAGCCAGCACGCUGCGUUUUUUUUGAGUCACACCACGUAGUGUCACAGCUUCUGGGCUGAUUGUCUGUUUGCAGGUAGAGAAGGGUGUGGCACCUGUGUCUCAGGAAUAGCGUAUUUCUGAAGCAAAACAGGAGAGGAGAAGAGAGACUGUCAUUCACAAAUUGUUCAUCUGCCCAUCCAUUCGACGGCUAUUUUCUGAGUGCGUGUUGUAGGUGGGUGCUGUACUGUUAGACCACAAGAAUGAAUCUCUAGCCCAAAUACAUAUUUCUGUCAUAGAAGUACUUAAUCUUUUGAAAUUCAUCUUUUCUGGUUUUAGGUAUUGGUUUGGCAGUGUAUGAAUAUGACAACUUCCCACUCUAGUGUAUCUGUGUAUCUCUGUAGCAUAAAAAUAUCUACACCACGUCCUUAUAUGCCAAGUAGCUGAAAAUAUACUCUGGUCCUAGAUCAUCUAUUUUCUUAGGUUAUUUUGUCUGUUUGUCUUUGGCCUACUCAGGGAUUUUUAUUCCUUUCUUCGGAUAACUUAUCUUUUAGACCUAUUUUUAUAUGAUUUGGAAAACUUUCCAAUAUGCCAAUUCCAAAGCGCUGUGUGUUCCCAGUCAAGGCUGUCUCCACAGUGCGUGAGAGGCAGUGCCCUCUAUUGCAUGGGAUUUUCAUUUUUCUAUUGCGUAGAUUUUUAAAAUAAAUAUGUGCAUUUUUCUCAUUAAAGGUUGAUAGGUAUUAGGCUUUUCUCUGCUGGUAAUUUAAAGUAGUUCUUUGUGAAUUCUUUUUACUGAGUUUCAAGAUCUUUAAAAGAGAGACAAAAAAAAGGAGUAUUUAUAUGUCAGUGCCAACUUUGAAGAUAAAACAAUAGUAGUAACUUUAUUAGGGUAAAUUCUGAAAACUACUUUAGAAACAAAUGUGUGCACAGUAAAUAAAUAUCUUUCUAUCCAAGGCUUGUUAGUUUUAUAUGUUUUUAUUAUAAAUUUAAUAUAUGCUCCCUUAAAAAUCAAACUACAUAUAGAAUUAUGAAGUAAGAAAUUCCUGUUUACCCCACCCCUUAUUUUAUAGGGGUAGCCACUGUUCAUGGUUUGUAUGUGCUCUUCCAGACACUUUCUAAACAUUUACAAGUAAAUGUGUGUGUUGUGUGCGUGCAUCGUGUUUAUUAGUUUUAUACUAAUAGAAUGAUAACUUUUUUACUUUGCUGUGACUCUUUUUCAUUUUAUUAUACAUUAAUAGAUACCUUUCUAUAAGAGUUUAUAUACAUUUACCUCAUUCUUUUGUAAGUUACUGCAUGCUCCAUUGUAGGACCAUACUUUAAUUGACUUAACAGGCAUCAAGAUUGUUUUCACAUCUGUCUUACAAAGUACAGUGAAGACCCUUUUUCUAUAUAUUUUUCACCUCAUGUGAGCACACCCGUAAGUUUUUAAAUCUGGCUUUUAUCUGAUAUUUUUAACAAAAAAUGCAUUUUCAGGAAAUGAAGGCAUAGAAAUAAAUGUAUUUCAUAAUAAAAGAAAGGGUGUAGGAAUAAAAGAAAGAUUGUACAGGGAGUGUGUAAGUUUUAAAGAACAGCAUCGUGGAAAGGAUGACUUCCUCCUUGCUUGAUUUGCCAAAUAAGUACCUUGCCAAAACAUAUAUAAGAAAAUUACCGUUUUUCAACAAAAAUAAAACAUCUCUCAGAUAAAGUGAGAAGGAUGAAUUGAUUUUUGGAUUGCCCACUCUUCAAAUGUGAUGGAAUUAAAUGAGCGCUCACGCCAAAUUGAUGGUUCUCAUCACAUCUUGAAAAGCGCUGUCCAAGCCCACGCGUGUUACGCCGCACAGGAACUUGAGAAAAGCAGGAGACGGUAUGUUCACGAUUACAGACGCCCACAGCAGCCCACGGAAGAGGAGAUUCUGUAAGCUCACCUGGACGAUUGUGAAUUAGGAAACAGCCUGAGGCACUCAUUCUGUAAUGAGCGCUCACUCCUCCUCCCGAGGGAUUGCUGGCGAAGGCGUCAGAAGAGGACAGGGCCACCCGGUGGUGCGGGCAGCAUCCUGUUACCACCGCCUUGAUUUUUCCAACAGGUGCUAUUGUGUCCCGAGAGGAGAACAGACAAUUAAACACCAGCCAGGCUACAACACGAUACCUUUACUUGCACCUUCGUACUGUGGGAUCAAGAUUCAGCGGAGCCUGUCAGGGUGUCCCUUGCUCUGUGGCAGCGCUGCUUGGGUCGCGCACCCUCGCUGACCCUUUAGCUUUCAAUCCCACUGCCCUAGUGUAUGACACACUGUGCCCAUAAAAUGCCUGUGUCUACCCAACUUUGUCCUUCUCCACGCCUCUGCUAUUCUAACUGCUCUUCUCGCCACAGUGGCGUGGGAGUGGCCCCUGACGCUGGUCACAUCUGAGCGCAUAGGCUGCAGCAUCCCACCCUCUCUCUUGCUAAACGAUGCAGUUGUUCUUAACAUUUGACUUUUAUGCUGCCUGAUGAGUUUAUAAAAAUGCUAGUGGUCUAAAUGAGAGUCGUUGGUGAGCUUAAGUACAAAAGCAAGAACGUUCAUACCAAAAGCCAUUUGAGGCUUUAGCUUUAUGAGGAAGCAGACACAUUCCUAGAGUGUGAGCGUUCACAUUGGAUAACUUGCUUAUCCUUCUGUGUGUGUGUGGCUGCAGUCCAUCCCUGCUAUUAAAAGUCAUUUUCUCUGUGGUCAGCUCCAUUUUUUUAUGUUACUGUUUAUUAUACAUACAGCUUUAAAAGUCCAUAAUACACUUUAAAAUACUCGUGCCAUUAAAUACCUUAGUGACACACUUAAAGCAGCUAAUGUGUAUAUUUCAAUAGAGUGGAGUGAAAGUGUUUUGAAAUAUUUGUUCAUCCCUUCAAAUUUGUGGGGACUCAGUAGCUAAAAAUUUGAAAACAGUAAAAUGUACCUGGAAAAAAUGCAGCACUUUGUAAAGUGAUAGUAAUCCAGAAACUGCUUAUGAAAAGUCUGGAGCUCAAAUUUAAUGACUAAUACUUAAUAAAUAUUAUUAACUAAUAA